AUGGGCAAGUAUGUGAUCCGCGUCGCCACCGGGGACUCGCUCUUGGCGGGCUCCACCAACCUGGUGCAGCUGUGGCUAGUUGGCGAGCACGGGGAGGCGGACCUGGGGAAGCUGCUAUGGCCAUUGCGGGAAAAGAAAACGGAGUUGGAGAUCGAUGUCUCCUUUUACCUGGGGCGCCUCCUGCUGGUGAAGCUGCACAAGCACAAAAGCCUGUUGAAUUUUGACUGGUUCUGCAAGUGGAUCACGGUGCAGGGCCUGGGGAACCAAGGAGAGGUCCUUUUCCCUUGCUACAGCUGGAUCCAGGACGACAGGAUUCUCUGUCUACCCGAAGGCACGGCCCGGUCCGUGAGUGAUGACCCUCAGAACCUGUUUAAGAAAUAUAGGGAACAGGACCUGUAGGACAGAAGGAAGGCUUAUCGGUGGGGCUCCUGGAAGGAUGGGUUAAUCCUGCCUGUAGCAGGGAAGACGCAGAGGGACCUUCCCAGAAAUGAACGAUUUCUAGAGGAUAAGGAUUUGGAUUUCACCCUCUCUCUAACAAAAGAGUUGAAGAACUUGGCCAUUAAGGGGAUAUUGGAUCUUGCAAAUUGCGUACAUAGACUGGAAGAUUACAAAAAAAUAUUCCCACGUGGAAAGACUGCCCUGGCGGUGCGGGUCUAUGAUUCCUGGAAGGAUGAUGACCUCUUUGGAUACCAGUUCCUCAAUGGUGCAAACCCCAUGCUCCUGAGGCAUUCUACGAGUCUCCCAGCCAGGCUGGUGCUGCCUCCAGGAAUGGAAGAGUUACCUACUCAACUGAACAAAGAGCUCCAGGCUGGAUCUCUGUUUGAAGCUGAUUAUACCCUGCUGGAUGGGGUCAAGCCUAACAUCAUCAUUUUUAAGCAACAAUAUGUGGCAGCCCCUUUGGUUAUGCUGAAGCUACAACCUGAUGGAAGACUCUUACCCAUGGUUAUCCAGCUCCAGCCACCUCGACAUGGAUGCCCCUCACCUCUGCUCUUCCUGCCUUCGGAUCCUCCCAUGGCCUGGCUCCUAGCCAAGACAUGGGUCCGUAGCUCUGAUUUCCAGCUGCACCAGUUACAGUCACAUCUGUUAAGGGGACAUCUGAUGGCUGAGGUUAUUUCUGUGGCCACAAUGAGGAGCCUGCCCAGUCUGCAUCCUAUCUACAAGCUCCUGAUCCCCCACUUUCGCUAUACCAUGGAGAUCAACAUCCUGGCCCGGAACAAUCUUGUCUCUGAAUAUGGAAUUUUUGAUCUGGUGGUGAGUACAGGUAGUGGAGGCCAUGUGGACAUUCUCCAGAGAGCCACAGCUUGUUUGACUUAUCGUUCCUUCUGCCCUCCUGAUGACCUGGCUGACCGUGGGCUCCUGGAUGUGAAAUCUUCUCUCUAUGGCCAAGAUGCCCUCAGGCUGUGGGAAAUCAUCAGCAGGUAUGUGCAUGGGAUGGUGGGACUCUUCUAUAAGAGUGAUAAAGCCGUGAAGCAAGAUUGAGAGCUGCAGGCCUGGUGCAGGGAGAUCACUGAAACUGGACUGCAGGGUGCCCAGGACCGGGGGUAA